ACUCAGUUACGCCACGGACGUAGUACAAACAGUCGCGUUCUAUAGCGACUCACCUAACACGGUGUACCAGAACAGUGGAAAAUAAUUACGUUUGUACUUCAAGUUAUUCGAGUGUUACAUUUAAAUGGAACUUCGUUCGAAUUACAAAAACGGUUGAGUGCGUGCAUUGACGGCAAAAACGCGGGAAAAGUUACCUUUAUUUUUUUUUACAGUGCGUGCGUUUCGUGUAUCGAUCGACUUGUGUUACUGCAUUGCACCGGCCGGUGAUAAUAAUGGAUUGUUGGAUGUUUUUGUUUACAUAUCACCGGUUUACAUUCGAGUUUUGAUCGUAUUCACGAAUGUUGAACUCGAAUACGUCUUUGUAUCUCACUUUAAUAUUGUUUUAGCGUAAUUUCUGUUUGUGUUUUCGCUUUACAGUGUUUUUAUGCGAUGUCUAUUAAUAUAAUAAACCUACUCUCUAUUAAUAAGAUAAACUGUAAAUAAAGUGAACUUUUACUGACAAAGUGGACUUAUUAACUAAUUGAAUAUUUAGUGGUAGUUUUUAUAGUGUGAUCUAUGUCCAAAGAUUGAAACUGUGAUCUGUGAUAUGAAGUGAUACAAAUUGUGGAUUUUGCGUCCAGAUCUUAUGAGGAUAUAUUUUUAUGCAGAGAAAGAUGACACGUUUAAACAUGGAUCGAGGAGGUUAUGCAGCAGAAGGCGCCGGGGGUGCCUAGCAAUAUCAAAUUACAAAAUCCGCAAAGCUCGUCUGUAACCCGCAGAGGUUUAACGGCCAACUUCUUCAAGACAACCUUCAGCUCUCGAAGUAAGGCGGUCCCAGCCGCCGCUCCCUGCACAGUCAAGGAAACCACCAAAAUAGGCAGCGCGGAGACCAAACCUGUCACAAGAAACCGACCUAGAACAGUACCACAAGUCGACCAAAGAAUCAGAAGACGGAAUAGCGACAGACAAGUCAAUCUUCGACCCGAGAAACCAUUAGAACCUACUAGACCUCUCAGAGCCAAACCUGCAUCAUCAGAUGGAGGACCAAAACCUAUUGAGAAGUCCAAACAAGAUAUCCCCAAUGUUGUCAAGGUUUUGAAAAUCGUUAAAAAAGUCCAAGCACCCGUCGCACCGGCAACCACUGCAGAGUCAAUUCUUCCGCCAUCUUUGAAGCCGAAAGUGUCAGAGAAAGUGAAACUGAAGCGAGAGAAAUAUGUGAACAACAAUAGCGUUUGGACAAACGCUAACAUUUUGAGUGAGCGGAAACCGUUGAUUGAUAUUCGAGGGCCAAGUCAGGGGAAGCAGGAGUCCACUUUAAAAGGCGCCCCGUCGGUCUCCAGCCUCGACUCCAAACACCACAAAGUAGCACCGGCCAGGGAAAAGGCGCUAAAGAUAUUCGGCUCGAAAGAGAAACUCCACAAAGCGCACAAGAAGAGAGAUUUAGGAAACAACAAUGCGGUGUUAGAAGACCCGGAAUUGAGAGAGAGUUUGGAGGUGUACGAAGAUGGCCAGGUCAGAGCUCAUGAUUACGGUAGCGCGGAGGAGUUGGGAACGGGGUCCGUAGACGACAGGGGGUCGCAAGAGUGCAUCAGCCUGCCGGUGAUGCUAAAUGCCGACCACAUGCCGGGCUUCCAAGAGGUCGAGCUCAGGCCUAGAGUACCUUCUGAGGCGUCGCUAACAACUGGAGUGAGAGAGCUGGAGUCUCUGCGGAGAGAGUUGGAGGAGAGCAUGAUGGAGCGAGCGCAGCUGGGCGCGCGAGUGGACGAGCUGCUCGAGCGGGCCAACGAGGCAGACAGGCUACGAUCUGAACUCGAACGAUUAAAGUUGAUAGAUGUAGAACGCGAGUCGACCCUGGAGCGGCUGGCAGACGAGAACGGCACGCUGCGCGCGCGGCUCCGCGGCGUGGCGCACUCUCCGCUCUCCGACAGCGAGAAGCGACAGCUGCUGUUAGCGCCCGCGCCGCGCCGCAUGCACUCCUCCGCGCCCGCCUCCAUCGCACUCGCGCACAAUGGCGAAGGCGACAGCGGCGAGGCGAGCACGCCGGAAUGGGACAAGCACUCCUCCUCUUCGCUCAGCGAGGUGUCCGUCGCGUGUCUGCAGGACAGGAUCCUGCAGAUGGAGGAGCAUCAUUACAGCACGAGCGAAGAGCUGCAAGCGACGCUGGCCGAGCUGGCCGACCUGCAGUCGCAGCUGGCGGACGCGCACGCCGACAACGAGCGGCUGGCUGAUGAGAAGCAGGUGCUGCUGGAGUCCUUGUGCCGGCAGACCGAGAAACUUGAGGAUAGCCGAACAAAGGUGGACACACUCCAAGAGUUGCUGAUGAGGGAAGGGGUUGAGCCAGAAACUGUAGUCUCUGGAGACACCGAUCAACAGUUAUUUGCUGUUCUCAAAGUGUCCCAAGAAGAACGGAGGUUGUUACUUAGCAAGCAGGAGCAGCUGGAAGCAGACCUAGCGUUAACUAAGACAGCAUUAGAAGACAAAACCAAAGAAAAUGAAACGUUGACUGAAAAAAUUAGAAAUCUAGAAAGUAGUGUGGAGAAGUUAGAGGUGGAGCGCUCGCACUGGGAGCAGGAGGCGGGCGCGGCGCGGGAGGCGGCGGCGGCGCGCCAGCACCAGGUCACCACCCUGGGGGACCUGCUGGAGGCGGCUAAAGCACAGGUAAAGAAGGCACAGCUGGCGGGCGCGGCGGAGGGCGCGGCGCAGGCGGAGGCGGCGGCGACGGCGGCGGCGCGGCGCGAGGCGGACGCGGCGGCGGCGCGCGCGCACACGCUCGCCGAGCGCCUGGCGCACGCGCAGCGCCAGCUCGACCGAGCGCACUCCGACGCGAGGAAGCUGCACGACGACGCGCUCGUAUCAAGAAACAAUGCCAAAUCGACGAUCUCAGAAUUAGAAUUCCAAUUGGAGCAGCUGCGACAGGAGAAGUCUGCGCUGCAGGGGGAGCUGCAGACUCUGCAGGAGAACAACUCUGAACUGCAAAUACAAGUACAAGUAGCCACAGAUGAGAAGCUAGCACUGAUGAGCAGAGCGGGCGAGGCUCUAUCCCGGACUGCGGACCUUGAGCGACAGUUGCAGGACACGAAGACACGACUGGCGCAGGUCACCAGGGACAGGGAGAGAGAUGAAACAGAAUGGAAACAGUUCCAAAGCGACUUGCUGAUGACGGUACGCGUCGCCAACGACUUCAAAACUGAAGCGCAAAGAGAGCUGGAGAGGCUGGUCUCUGAGAACAAGAUCUCCAGAGAUAGGAUACGACUGCUCGAAGACCAGAUACACUCCAUGAAAGGUGUUGAAAUGCAAGAAUCUCUGGAUAGUGCACAAAGUUAUUCCGACGGAAAACAACUAUCAAAAGAUUCCGAUUCCCUAAGCGAUAGCUCUUCUAAAGAAGUUUUUAGGAAUAUUAGAACACGUUAUUUGUCAAGAGUACACAGUGUUAACGAACUUUCCAAGGAUACAAGUCUAGUGGACCAGGCGUUUUAUAAACUAAAAAAGACCGUCUCUCAAAACGAUUUAGCUGAUAAUAAUCUUACAACGUCCAAAAUCGUAAUUGACAAUGUUACUACGGACGAGACAGAUGAUGAUAUGGAUACAGCUAAAACGAAAUCCGAUGAUUGUUCUAGAAAAAUAUUAGCUGAAGCGGCCCUAUCCUUGGGGACCAAAGAACUAAAAAGGCAAGAUGCAAUAGAUUUUUCAGCGCCAAAAGAUGCAGACGAUGAUUCAAUUAAUACCAAAAAUAAUAACAGUAAGUAUGUUUCGAAGUCCGAAUCAAAUAAACCUGAAAACCGGCAAGAGAGGACCAUUUUUAGCAGAAAUCUCUCUGGAUUAUUCAAUGGUAAACCAAAGUCCUACAGUACAGAUAACCUUACAACAAACGAAGAAUUUAAAAAUGCUUUGAAUGAGGCUACUAGUAUAGAAUUUUUUGGUGUUGAUUAUAAUGUCAGUAAUUCGUCAUUGUUUAGUGAAGGAUCUGAUUGCGUCUUUUAUAAUUCAAAAGAACCCAAUAAUAAUAUAGUUGAUAUUAUUAAAGAGGAUACAUAUAAAAUCAAUGUUGAAGGAUCUGAAAUACAUCAAUCUAUACCUGUCAUAAAAGCAGAAUCUAUUCUACCUUACCCCUAUCCUGAUGAUAUAAGGGCUAAAACUACUGAAAUAGACAACUUAGCGAAUACAUUUAUGCAGCCUUUAAAAAGUAACGUAGAUAACUCUAUCGAAAAUGAUCUUAAGAAAGUAAACGAAGAAUUGAAAAUUAAUUUCAAAGCAGCACUUGAUCGACUCGUUGGCACAAACGAGGAAAAUCAUGAGCAGACAUUACGUAAAAGGGAUGAUGUUUCACCAAGCUUUACAGACGUUAGUAAUGUUGAAAUUAUUAAUAUAAAUUUAGACAUAACAGAUAAUUUACCGGUAAGACGUUUUUCGACUUUUAAGGGUGAGGAUGACAUUCAUGAGGAAAACUUUAGCAAACCAACGCCAACAGUAAUUAAAAUCCAAGAACAUUAUGAUUCCACUUGCCAGAACCCAAGUUGUGAAGAAAUCUCAAACAAAGAUGAAAACUCAAUUCAGAAUGAAAAUUUUCAAGCAAGUAGCAACAAUUGUAACCCUUUUUCGAAUCAAAUUAGUAUUGAGUUUGUAGAUGAUCAGAUUGAUAUUCUGGAACCAACAGUUAAAGAAAAUAUAGACAAUGCGCAAUUACAAAGUUCGACAUCUGGGCUUGAAGGAAAUAAUACUAAUUUGGAAAACAAGAGCCUAAUCGAAUUAUCUCAAGAUCUAAAUACACCUAAUGAGUCAUCAAUAAUUGAUAAUAAUGUAAGUUAUCAUUUGAAAAUAAAAUCUGUUAGUGACUUCACGCCUCCUAGCUUACCUAACGUAAUAGCUACUAACCAAGAUGUAACUGCAGUUGAAACUAAUAAAGUUCGCAACAAAGUUAGCACUAUACUUACCCCCGUUAAUAUAAUAAAAGCAAAUGUAGAUCGUGCAUCAUCUCCGAUAAUAUUGACUCCUGUAUUAAUUCAACCGAUAUUUUUUAAACCAAAUAAUCCAGUUCUGGACAGUGAAGACCAUCCAGAAAACACAAAAGGAAUGGUUUAUUAUAAUGAUAUGGACCAAGUCAUUACUAAAGAAAACAAGAACCCAGAUAUCGUUUCACAUCAAAAUGACAAUGAAACUAAAAAGAAAGCCAUCUAUAACAAGAAUGUUAAACUUAAGCCUUUACCAGCCCUUCCACCAAAAAAGAUUGGACCAAGUGAAAAUGAAAUUCCAUCACCAAGUAGAAAUCCACCUUUUACACCUCCAAAACCAGUAGCCAGACUGUCAAAAUCACCAGAAUGGUUAAUUGAUAACCAAUAUUAUCAGCCUAUGGAAAAUAUACCUUUCGUAAUUAACACAGCACAAACUUUUGUAAAACCCAGUAUCUUGUGCGAAAAUAACAAAACAAAUAUAAUGAAUACGAAUCCUUUUUUCCCACAAAAGAAGUAUAAAAGUGAACCGGAACAAGAAAAUUAUUACGAAGAAAUUGGGCAACCAAUAACAUUGAUACCAGCCAAGAAUGUAGCAGACGAUGAUAAAUUAUCAAACAAAACGUCGAUUGUAGACGAUUUUUCCAAUAUUAGUCGUGAGGAACUAUUAAAAGUGCCACGGAGACCUAAAAGAAAGAAAAGGCACGACUCUCAUUCAUCAAUAGUGCCGGAGAAUAAAGACGCAGAAAAAGCAAUAUCUUGCAUGACGAAAUCAGUAAUUUCGCUAUCACGGACACCUAGUGCAAAUGAGAUUAUAGUUAAAAGAGCCGCUGGUUCGGUUGGAGAUAUAGUACAAAGUUUGGAAAAAAGUUCACUAAUUGAAUCGCGAACUGCGCCUGAACCACCCCCUAGAAAAUUCUCACUGCAAGGACAAUCUGCUCCAAACAUUGAAUCAAAUACGGGCUCUUUACCUAGACUAAGAAAAACUUACCAUUGGAAGACGUUGGAACAUAAGAGGCUUUCGCAUCCAAUACGAUCACUUAACGAUUCCCAGCCUUCGCGACCUCUACCGUUGCCACCAAGAGCAGAAGACACGCCACCUCCUCCGUUAUUAUCAAGCGCCUCUUUACAAGACAUUAUGGCUACUGCGGCGUCUCACAGACGGACCAAAGGUGUCAGUCGACAAGACUCGCGGCUAUCGGUGAAGUCUCUCAUCGAGAGCAUAGAGAACGCGGCGAAGGCAGCCAAGCAGUCGCCGGCGACCACCCCUGUGACUGAGUGGCCACAGGUGCAGAGCUCCGCAAACGUAACAGCUCCGAGCAGCAACAUAAAGAAUGGCGUCUCCGAGUCCCCUCCCCCCUCCACCAACGGCAUGUCGGCGCCCAGCUACGCCAAGCCCCCCGCGCCACGGAACAGCAGGCAGUCGCCCAUCACCACUGAAUCUUCGGCGACGGGAGCCAACAUCACCAACAUGUCGAACAUGGCCAACAUGCCCAACAUGGCCAACAUGCCCGACGAGCAGCGCGCGCUUGCCACGCUGCAACAGAAGGCCAUCGAGUCGUUCGUGCGGCGAAAUAGUUACGGCGAUAUAUGCGAAAGAAAAGAUCCUCUGAAUGCUCUGCAAGUUAAGAACGGUGGAUCGAAACGCAACGCGCUCCUCAAAUGGUGUCAACAGAAGACGUUGGGAUACAAUAACAUAGAUAUUACUAAUUUUAGCUCAUCGUGGAACGACGGCAUGGCUCUCUGCGCGCUGCUGCACUCGUACCUGGGCGAGGCGCGCAUUCCGUACGCGUCGCUGUCGCCGCACGACAAACGCACCAACUUCUCCGUCGCCUUCGCCGCCGCGGAGUCUGUGGGGAUACCCACCACUUUGAAUAUUCAAGAUAUGAUCCAUCAAGAGAGACCAGACUGGCAGCAGGUGAUGGCGUACGUAACCAGCAUUUACAAACAUUUUGAAACUUAGUCUAUAAAAUUUUGCGAAGAUAAGUUAACAUAACUGUUAUGGAAAUUGCUAAAAAAAUCUUAAUAAAUGUCUGGUUUCUUUAAAUGCCAGAAUUUCUUAAUAAUUAUUUUUAUGUAUAAUAUUAAAUUUUUCUUCAAUUUUCAGUUGUAUGAAACUGAAUGGUAAAUAUUAUUAAAGAUGAAAAGGU